AUGUCCUGGUACUCGAAGAUCUACGUAUGGGUCCGUGAAUUCCGAAAGCGACGGCCAAUCAGGGGAUGGCUGCUGACAAAACUGCUGAAUGUGAUGCUCGUCUGCCAAUUCAUCAUGGCCGGCUACAUCCAAGUGAUGUACUGUUGGGCCGUUUGCUAUCGAAUGUUGGACAACAAGAUUCAGGCUGUCGCGUACAUCUGCGUGUUCGAAGCGCUCGCCUUCUUGUCGAUGUGGUCGUUCUUUGCGACGAUCACCACCGAAGUCUGCAAAGUGCCGAGUCAAUAUUAUACGGACAAGGCCACCGAUGCAAACUUGAAAGCCGCGACGCCGUACGAUGGAAAGCGCUACCUACCCGACACGUCAAACCAACUACAGAUCAUGCAGCAAAAGGAUAUGCUUCGCGCGUUCUGCGCCUCCAGGAGCAUCUACUGCCUCGAGCGGGACCACUUUGCCGAACGGAUCAGGUACUGCUACGAGUGUGGCCUAGUGAAGCCUGACCGGACCCAUCACUGCCAGUCAUGCGGAUUUUGCGUCGUCAAAUUUGAUCACCACUGCCCCUGGAUCAAUCAUUGCGUCAACUACAACAACUACAAAUAUUUCCUCCUCUACCUCAUCUACACGGAGAUUUUCUUGAUCUGGACGGUCGGCACCUCACUGGAGGGUUUUGUGCGCUUCUUCAUCCGGGCCCGUUGGCAAGAGGAUCUCCCCCCAUUUCUGAUGAUCUGCAGUGCAAUCGUCGCCUGUAUCUGUUUCAUGUACACUCCGCUGGGCGAAAUGUUCAACUACCACCGUGGUCUCGUCAUCCUCAAUGAGACGACCUGUGAGCAGGCGAAAAUCCCGAAGAUUGACGGUGACCCAAAGGCUGACUACAACAUGGGUACCUGUGAAAAUCUGCGCCAGGUGUUUGGUUGGGGCUACUGGUACUUGCCGCUGAGCGCCCAGGUGAUUGACGGGUUGCACUACAAAAUUCGCUACACCGAGCCGGCCAAGCCUUUGCGACCUGCAACCGAGACGACCGCCGUCAGCAAGGUCUCCGUCGACAUGAGC